GGAAUUAUUAUCAUUAGGUUCGCUUUCUUUCAUUUGUACUUUCGUAUAUACAGAUAAUGACAUAUUAAACAUUUUAAAAAUACAUUUAUUGUAUAAUAUUUGACGCCGGAAUCUUAUUCACUUUGAAUAAUGUCUGAAAUAAUCAUACGAAGAGCUAAACGUGAAGAUUGUGAAGCCAUCAGAACGCUCAUACAGGAAUUGGCAGACUACGAAGAGAUGCCUGAUGGACCACAAAUUGAUUAUAAGACCUUGGAAAGAGAUGGCUUUGACGGACAACCUUUAUAUUUCUGUAACGUAGCAACAUCUAAUGAAAAAGUCAUUGGAUAUACUUUGUCUUAUUACACUUAUUCCACAUGGUGUGGAAAAUCUAUGUAUCUGGAAGAUAUCUAUGUGACGCCAGACUUUCGAGGAAAACAUGUUGGCAGCAAACUUAUAAAAGCUGUCGCGAAAGAAGCAAUCGAGAAUGACUGUCAUAAACUAGACUUUGUGGUUCUUCAGUGGAACCCAGCGCAAGAGUUUUACAAAAUGCUUGGAGCCAGUGAUCUGACAUCAAAGGAACAGUGGCACUGUUAUCGUUUCGUCGAAGAAGAUUUGAAAAAAUUAGCAUCUGAUUGUGAAUAGCAUGAAGAUAUUUGAUUGACAACAGCAAUCAUUAAAUAGGAUGACCAUUAGAAUUGUGUUAAAACUAAAUGCUCGUUGAAACAGAGGAGAAAAAGUAUAUAAUGGUUUACUUUCAACACAAUCCUAGUAGUUACCCUGCAGUAUUAUACAAACAAAUACUUAAUAUACAUCAAAUUCACUUCCAAAUAAUAUGUUCAAUAAAAAAUUUUGUU